CCUCACAGCGAGGGACCGUCCCGUCUUGUCCCGGCUCUGGUCCGCCAGCAUCCCAGCAUGCCUCUGCCUCCGGAAGAGCGGCGGGGGCGGGGCCUAUCUGUACGCCGCUCCAGUGUUCUCUGUAGUAGGGAAGGCGGAGCUGGUUGCUGGGGCAGGGGGUUGUGGCGCUGUUGCUGCGGAGCCCGGGGCAGCAGGAUGUUUCGCCUUCGAUUUCUUGCUGCUGUGGCAGGCUUAGAGGCUGUUUCCCGAUGUUACCAUGGAAUGGCACAUCCCACCAGAAGCAGGCAAAGACUUAUGAUGGCAGCUUUCAUAGGAACAACUGCAGCAACAGCGAGUGCUGGACUCCUAUGGAAGAGAGCCCAUGCAGAAGCACCGUCAUCUGUAAAACACAAUGCAAGGACAGAAACUAAUGAAAAAGUGAAGGACCAAGAAGAGGAGGAGAAUGGCGAUGAUAGAAAGACUGUCGAGUCAAGUGGUGGAGGGGCUCAGCCCGAAGAGAAGAAGAAGAAACAACGUUCUGGAUUUAGAGAUCGUAAGGUGAUGGAGUAUGAGAACAGGAUACGAGCCUACUCCACUCCAGACAAAAUCUUCAGAUACUUUGCCACCUUGAAAGUAAUACAUGAGCAUGGAGAAUCGGAGGUGUUUAUGACACCACAAGAUUUUGUGAGAUCCAUUACUCCUAAUGAAAAACAACCAGAACACCUAGGCCUGGAUCAGUUUGUAGUGAAGCGGUAUGAUGGAAAGGAUUUCUGGCAGACAGAGAAGUUAUCCCAAGAACGAGAGAAGUUUGCUGAUGAAGACAGUAUAUUUUAUACACUUGGAGAAUGUGGACUCAUCUCUUUUUCUGACUACAUCUUCCUCACUACAGUUCUCUCCACUCCCCAGAGGAAUUUUGAAAUUGCCUUCAAGAUGUUUGAUUUGAAUGGUGAUGGUGAAGUGGACAUGGAGGAGUUUGAACAGGUCCAGAGCAUUAUUCGCUCCCAAACCAGCAUGGGCAUGCGUCACAGAGAUCGUUCUACUACAGGAAAUACUCUAAAGACUGGCUUCAACUCUGCCCUGACGACAUACUUUUUUGGAUCAGAUCUGAAAGGAAAGCUGACAAUCUCAAACUUCUUAGAGUUCCAGCGCAAACUUCAGCAUGAUGUUCUAAAGCUUGAGUUUGAAAGGCAUGAUCCUGUGAAUGGGCGGAUCACUGAGCGUCAGUUUGGUGGCAUGCUGCUGGCCUAUAGUGGAGUGCAGUCAAAGAAGCUCACUCUCAUGCUGAAGCAACUCAGGAAACAUUUUCAAGAAGGAGAGGGACUGACGUUUGAGGAGGUGGAAAGCUUUUUUACUUUUCUGAAGAAUAUAAAUGAUGUGGACACAGCUUUGAGCUUUUACCACAUGGCUGGAGCUUCUCUUGAUAAAGUUACCAUGCAGCAGGUAGCCAGGACAGUGGCUAAAGUGGAGCUCUCAGACCAUGUGUGUGAUGUGGUGUUUGCUCUUUUUGAUUGUGACGGGAAUGGAGAGUUGAGUAACAAGGAGUUUGUUGCCAUUAUGAAGCAGCGACUUAUGAGAGGUUUGGAGAAGCCCAAAGACAUGGGAUUUACACGGCUCAUGAGGGCAAUGUGGAAAUGCGCGCAGGAGACAGCUUGGGACUUUGCUAUGCCCAAACAAUAACUGCAGUAAAUGGAAGAACCUGGUUUACAACAUGUUAUUGGGGCCAUAAAUCUAUCUGUACUGCUCCUGCAAAACAUGCCAUUGUCAAUGCUCUGCAGAUGAACACUCUUCACACAGAAAUCUACUGAAUGAUAACAGACCCAUUGCUACAUUGAACUAGAAAAAAACCACCCAAAAGACACAGACUAUUAACAACUGGAGUUUUUCCAAACACCAGAACAGAAAUUGGAGCCUAUUGUAUAUUCUACUUUAAUUUUUCCACUGCUGAUGCCUCUUUAAUAUUAAUCUCUCAGGAAAAUUACAAGAAUAAUUAGUUCUGUGUAUUGAAGCCACCAGUUUCAUCUCCAUGGUAUGCUCCAGUGUCCAGCAAAACCAGGAUUUUAUGCAGAAUUGAAUAUGGAUAGCUUCAGAGAACAAUCUUGGUCAGAACAGUCCCAUAUGUGUCAAGCAGUGGGACAGAAAUGCCUAGCAAAUCUACUAGUAGCAAAUCCUAGUCUUUUGCUCCUGAAUUAUUUUUAGUUUAGAUUUUAAGCAUUAUUUACAAAAAGUGUGUUUACAAUGAGCUUUUGAAAGAGAGCUGGGUUUAUAGAAAACAAUAUCAAGCUUUGUUUGUUACGGAAGCUGUCCAUAAGAUUAAGGGCACAGGGGUAUCUUGCAAGCUUGGUGUGAAAUAGGGAUAUGCCUGGUCAAGCAGGGGGCUGUCUGAGGCUUAGUUACUGCCUUGGAUAUAAGGAGUUUAAAAUGGCUUAAUUUUUUUCCCACCUUUCUCCUCCCUCAGAAGAACCCUGCCUUGCAUAAGCAACCUAACGUAUAUGCUCUUUGUAAUUCUCUUUUUAAUAAGGGGCACCUCCCCCUAUGAGACUGUCCUUCUAUAUGGGGUAUUGGCUUUAAGGCUGCUAUUUACUGAAUGCUUGAACAUUGUAAAAUAUUACUUUAAUUACACUGGUUCACAACAAAA